AUCCGCUCAUCCUCCCCCCCCCGACACCAGCCCCCACGCAUGAAGCGGCCUCGUGAUGAGCGCUAAGGCCAAGCGGGUGCUGCCCACCCGGCCUGAGCCCCCCACCGUGGAGCAGAUCCUGGCCGACGUUCGGGGCACCCACCCGGCAGACCCCGUGUUCCUGCUCCCCGCGGAGCCUCAGCGGGAGCACGGCCUGUGCGCAGGCCCCGCUGCGGAGGAGAGGGAGCGGCUGUACCGGCAGAGCCGCUCCUACGUGGAGAUGCACCAGUGGCUGGAGGAGUCCCGGCAGCGGCUGCGGGAGCAGCGCCAGGAGCUGCAGCGGGCGGGCGCGGCGCUGGAGCGCGGCAUUGCCGACAUGAGGCAGAAAGCGCUCUGAGGGGCUGCUGCUCCCGGUGCUGGAGCAUCGCCCUCG